CUCACAGCGGUUAUCGCGUUUUGUUAAGCAAAAAAUCAGUUGAAUACAAAAAUCAAAUAUCCGUCUGCUGUACAAAAUGCCGCCAACAAAAGAUAUAAUUAACCCCAAUGAAGAUCUGUAUAUACCACAGUGGAUAAAUGCGGAAUAUUUUGAGGAUAUUUUAGCCAAAGAUGAGCCGGAAGCGGUGGCAGUUAGAAGAUUCACUCCUACGGCAGCCAUACCACCGGGUGAAAAUUUUACUUCCGUUAUGUUGAGAAUACAUAUGGAUUUGGAAAUGAAAGAUGGCUCCAUCAAAUAUAAAACGUACAUCUUCAAAACUAUGCUGGAAGAAGAUAAAGGUGGUGCUAUUAUUAACAAAUUGACCCUUUUUCCCAAAGAAAUGGAAAUGUAUGCCAAGUAUUUGCCCGCCUUUGAGAAUCUCUACCAGACUGUGGGUUGGCAUAUACAAUUGGCACCCAAAUGCUUGCACACAGACAAAAAAGAUAAUCGCAUUAAUUUUGUCUUUGAGGAUUUAAUGCAGAGAAAUUUUCAGAAUAUAGAUCGCCUUCAGGGUUGCGAUAUGGAACAUAUGAAACAUACCCUAAGGAAGUUGGCUGAAUUUCAUGCCGCCAGUGCAGUGUAUGAAGAACAAAAUGGUGCAUUUCCUGAAGAUUUCCAUUAUGGUUUUGUGGAUUCGCGCAAGGGCAAUGGAUUUCUGAAAACAAUACAUGCAGGUAAAGCAGAAUUAUAUAAAAAGGCCAUGGCCACUUGGGGUCUGGAAAAUGCAGAAGAAUAUAUCAGGAAGUUUCCCACAUUUGAACAAUUUUGGCAAUGUGCUUUGUCCAAUCUUCAACAAAAUUCAAAUGCCUUCAAUGUUCUUACCCAUGGUGAUUUUUGGACCAGCAACAUAAUGUUUUCAUAUUUGGAUAAUGGCAAAGUGGAUGAGACACUUUUGGUAGAUUUUCAAAUCUGCAAAUGGGGGAGUCCUGCUGAGGAUCUGCUAUUCUUUCUUACCCUGUCACCAGCUAUGGAUAUAAGAAUUCAGGAAUUCGAACAUUUUGUGGCCAUCUAUCAUGAGCGUUUGGUAGAAUGUCUGCAGGUAUUGGGUUAUAAGAAAACAAUUCCAACAUUGAGAUUUCUACAGCAAGAGAUGUAUGAUAAGAAGAACUCAUUUCAUGCCUUCUUUGCCUGCUUCAAUCAUUUGCUUGGCAUUAUGUUGCCUUCGGAUAAGGAUACCAGCAUACAUUCAUUUUCACGCCAAGAUGCAGUUGGAGAUCAGUUCCGCAAACGUGCCUUUGAAAAUCCUCUCUUUGUGGAUGUUAUAAAGAAAAUGUAUCCGUUUUACUAUCACAGGGGUAUCUUUAAUUUCGAAGAUUACAGCAAAUAGUUG